AUGCGCCCAGCGGCGAGCAUACCGCUGGGCGCAUGCCGCUGGCCUCGAGAGGCGCGCUACGCGCCAAGCGGCGAGCUUUCCGCUGGGCGCAUAGCGCUGGCCGCGAGAGGCGCGCUACACGCCCAGCGGCGAGCAUACUGCUGGGCGCAUAGCGCUGGCCGCAAGAGGCGCGCUACGCGCCCAGCGGCGAGCAUUCCGCUGGGCGCAUGGCGCUGGCCGCGAGAGGCGCGCCACGCGCCCAGCGGCGAGCAUUCCGCUGGGCGCAUAGCGGCAAGCAGAUGUCAGUCAACCUAUGCUCUCGCGAUCGCACUGAUGGGGCCUACCCGCGUGCCGGCGGAGCGCGUGGACAACGUUUACUUCAAAAAGCUCGGCGUCGAAUUCCGCCUCGCGUCCGCCAAGGACGUGCAGGAUGCGAGCCGGCGCGACGAUGGACGGCCAGGAUCCGACGGCGAGGAGGACAGCGGCGGGUUCGGAGGAGACGGGUUGUCGCUGCCUCCCGGCGGGCCUCGCCUGGCCGUUUCCAACAAGUUCGGCGUCUCCGUGCUCGCCGGCGCUUGCGGCUUCUACGCGGCGCACACGCGCGAUCUGCUCGUGGUCGCCAUGGGCUACAAGCGGCGCGCCGAGGCGGGCGACACGUUCCUCGACGCGCCGCUCUACGCCGGCGCUACAGCCGUGCGGCGCUACCGCCAGGACGGCGUCACGGCUGUAGCGCUGGCGGCGGACGAGUUGACCCUGGCGGUUGUAGCGGGCGCGCGCGUCGCGCUCUACAGCCUGCCGGCGCUGGUCGCGCCGUCUCCUGUGCUCAAAACAGACGAGGAGGCGCUGGUGGCGGAGGGGACGGCGUGCAAGGCGGCGGAGGCGAGCGGCGCAGCAGCGCGCAUGGAGAGCCCCCCCGCGCCCCUGCACACUGUGCACGUGGCGGACGCCCUGCAGGCCGCGGGACGGGGCGGAGAGGGGGAGGAGGGCGCGCGCGUGGCGGAGUGGGGGUGGAAUCCGGAGGUGGCGGGGAGCUUUAUGAUGCGCACGGAGGGGGGGGUGGUGCUGGCAGGACGCGUGGGGCAGGCGGCACUCAAGCUCGUUGCUGAUGGCGCUGCUGCUGCCGCGUGGAGCCCGUGUGACAUGUUCCUGGAAGUGUGCUCCACUCCACUCCGCGUGGAGCCCAUGCGGCAUGUUCCUGGCCGAGUGCUCUCCUGGAGGUGCUGUGCGGUAACAGCCGCGUGGAGCCCCUGCGGCAUGUUCCUGGCCGUCUGCUCCCCCUCAGCGCGCCUCACCUUCCACUCCGACCUGCUGCAGCCGCUCUUCUCGCUCUCCCUCGCGCUGCCCCCCCUCGGCGAUUGCCCCACCUCGGGUGAGAGCACCCUCGGUGACAUCGGUGCGCUGGGUGGCGCCCAACGCGCUGCUACUCUCACUGUGCACGUGAUGAUUUGUUUCUUGCACUGCGUGUGUGCUCGCUGCACGUGUUGCUCUGCCUGUCUGCGCUGCCCGUGUGCAUCAGUGACGUCAGUGCGCUGGGUGGCGCCCAAUGCGCUGCUGCUGGAGGGGGAGGCGGAGGACGAGGACUUUGGGGAGCCCGUGCGCUCGCUCUUCUGCCUCUCCUCGCUGCACGGCAACCUGCACGAGGAGGCGAGCAGCAAGCAGGUGCGGCAACUGGAGGGGGCGUUUGCAGGCGUUGAGGACGUGCCAGGUGGCGGCAUGCUACUGGCCACGCUGCAGCAGUGGCAGGUGGCGGUGGCAGUGUGUCAGCGCAGCAGGGACUACCACGUGAACGUGCUCGGAUGGUUCCCCGCACCUUCCUCUUCCGCUGCGGGCAAGGAGAAAGAGGAGGAGCAGGAGGGCGGGGGGUGGGGCAACGCGCGGGUGUGUGAGAUUGCCAACGACCGAUGGCUGGCGUGCAUUCAGAAGCAGGAGAGUGGGGACGACAACCAGGUGGUGGGGGCAGCAGUGGACGUGUGCUCAGCAUGGGGCGCGGUGAGCCCCAUGGACCCACGGGACGAUGACACGCCUCUGCCCGCCACGCCUCUGCUCCUCGCUGUCACGCUGGACUGCUGUUUCUACGCCUUCUCCCUCACCCGGUACGCACUCUCUCUUCCUCUCCCUUGCUCCCUCACGCGCUAUGCACUCUACGCUGCUCUGCUCUGCCCGCCACCCUUCUGCUGCUCGCUGUCACGCUGGACUGCUGCUUCUACGCCUUCUCCCUCACACGGUAGGCACUCACUCUCUCCCUCACCCGGUAGGCACUCACUCUCUCCCUCACGCGGUAGGCACUCACUCUCUCCCUCACGCGGUAGGCACUCACUCUCUCCCUCACCCGGUAGGCACUCACUCUCCCCCUCACCCGGUAGGCACUCACUCUCUCCCUCACCCGGUAGGCACUCACUCUCUCCCUCACCCGGUAGGCACUCACUCUCCCCCUCACCCGGUAGGCGCUCUUUCUCUCCUUCACCAAUAGGCACUCUGCUCUGCUCUGCCCGCCACCCCUCUGCUGCUCGCUGUCACCCUCGACUGCUGCUUCUAUGCAUUAUCCCUCACCCGGUAGGCUCUCCCUAUCCUAGAAUGCUCCCUUUCAACAGGCUCGACAAGCUAGAAGGCCCGUCCCUUGUCCACCCGCCCCUCCCCCUCCCGCCUCCCCUCGCCUCCCUCUCCCUGCACGCUCCCCCCUCGCCCCCCACCGCCUCCCUCCAGAGCCGCGCCUCCAGCCCCCCCGCCACUCCCCCCCCUCCCUCACGCCCCGCACUCCCCCCUUCCCGCCUCCAGCCGGGGGUUGUGGCGGCCCAGGGGGGGGGGAAGAGGGAGGGGGAGGAUGAGGAUGAGGACACGGCUAGCAGCCCAUCCCCGCCGCCCGGUGAUGCAGCUGGGGAAGGCGUGGGGGGAGUGGGGGGAGGCGUGGGGGCGGCAGCAGUGAAGGUGUCCCCCACGGGGGGAGCAGCAGCGUCGUCACUCAAGCCAGGCGCCUCACAGCCGUUUCUGCAGCGCCUCAUGCACCCCUCCCCCGCCGCUGCUGCUGCCCCUGCUGCUGCUGUGGCUGGUGUUGCCGCCUCCGCUGCUGCUGCCUCUGCCACUGCCCCCUCGUUUUCCCCACCUUCCACUUCCCCCGCUCCUUUCUCCUCUGCAUUCCCUGCCUUUGGUUCGGCCCCUGCCUUUGGUUCUGGUUCGGCCCCUGCCUUUGGUUCUGCCCCUGCCUUUGGUUUUGGUUCGGCCCCUGCCUUUGGUUCUGGUUCGGUCCCUUCCUUUGGUGCUGCACCUGCCUUUGGCUCUGCCCCUGCCUUUGGUGCUGCCUCCCCCUUCGGUGGUGCCUCUUCUCCCUUUGCCCCCAAGUCCCCAACCCCGGCCUCCCCUUUCGCCCUGCCACCUGCAAAGCCAGCCGAACCUCCCACAGCUGCUGCUCCCCCUGCAGCCGCUGCAGCCUCUCCCCCCGCGUCAUCCCCUUCCCCCCUCGCCCCUGCGCCCUCGUCCACUCUCUUCGCCCCCUUCUCCCGCCCCCCUGACUCCUCCAAGCCCCUCUCGCCCUUCCCCUUCCCCUCCUCCACCUCCAAACCCGCCUCCCCCUUCCCCUUCCCCGCUGCCCCUGCUGCCAAGGAUUCCCCCCCACCUGCCUCUUCCGCCUUCCCCCCCUUCGCCCCACCCACCUCCGCCUCCCCCUUUGCCCCCCCCGCCUCCUCCUCCUCCUCGCCCUUCGCCCUGUUCGGCUCUAAGAGCGCUCCUCUGCAAGGCCUUCCUUUCAACGCCUCUGCUGCUGCCGCCGCCCCUGCUGCUGCCACCCGUGCUGCUGCUGCUAGUGCUGCUGGUGCUGCUGCUGUGGCGGCAGCGGUUUCAGGUGUGGCAGUGGCAGCAGCAGGAGCAGCAGGAGCCGGGUCACUAAGUGAAAGGUGCUUGCCUGCCAGAGGAGCUUUUGUGGUGGGGAAGACAGGGAGGGAGGAAGAAGAGGAGGAGGAAGAGGAGGAGGAAGAGGAAGAGGAGGGAGAAUAUGAGGAAGGGGAGGAGGAAUAUGAAGGGGAGGAAGCUGAGGAAGAGUAUGAGGAAGGGGAGGAGGAGGAAUAUGAGGAGGAGUAUGAGGAGGAGGGGGAGGAGGAGGAGGAAGAAGGGGAGGGGUAUGAACCAGAAGAGGCAGCGCGGCCACCCAUCCCCAAACCGGAAGCAGUCUUCCCACACCCCUCCACACUCCUCCCCACCGCUCUCUCCCCCGACCAGCGCCGCUCGCUGCUCCCCAAACGCUCCCCUGCGCAGUCCUCCCCACCAGCAGCAGCAGCAGGCGGGGUGAUAGAGGCGCUGAUAGCAGCAAUGGGGGAGAUGAGGGGGAUGAGCGCGGAGGUGCAGGGCGCAGUGGAGGGGGGGGCGCUGGGGGAGAGGCUGAAGGAGGUGGAGGGGCGCGUGAGGGAGAUGGGGAGCGCUGUGAAAUGGUUUAAGAGCGGUGUGGAGGAGUUGAGAGGGCUGGUGGAGGAGCUGAGGGAUGGGAAGCUGAUGGGUGAGUGGGAGGGCGGGUCCGACUUUUUCCUGCGCCUGUACCCCCCACUCCUCCCCUCCACCAGCGGAGGACUGGGUGGAGUGCGCAUCCCACUGGGUGCACCAGCGGAGGACAGGGUGGUGCGGGCGUCCCACUGGGUGCGCCUGCUCGCCUCCCCCUCACUCACCUCGCUGCAUGCCGAUCAGCCGCUGCCGCCAUCGCUGGAGCAGCAGCGCCAACGCGUGCUCGCCCUCAGACAGGUGGGUGGGAAGAGUACAGGUAGUAGAUGGGCGCCUGCUGUCACCCCCCUCACUCGCCUCGCUGCAUGCCGACCACCUCUGCCUCCAUCGCUGGAGCAGCAGCGCCAACGCGGAGGUGCGGGUGCGACUGGCAGAGCUGCAGCAGAUGGCGCAGGAGGAGGCGGCACGGCACAUGAGGUGCGGUUGCGCCUGGCAGAGCUGCAGCAGAUGGCGCAGGAGGAGGAGGCACGGCGCUGUCAGUCAAUCAACUCUUCAUUCUCCGCGCUUUCUCUCUCUUCUCCCCCUCUCCCUCUCCCCCCACCCCAGGAGGUGCGGGUGCGCCUGGCAGAGCUGCAGAAGAUGGCGCAGGAGGAGGAGGCACGGCGCCGGCAGCAGGAGAGGGAGAGGAAGCUCUUCAACCUUUGCACCUUCUCUCCCUCUCCCCCACACCCGACUUUCCCCCCACCAGGAGGUGCGGGUGCGUCUGGCGGAGCUGCAGCAGAUGGCGCAAGAGGAGGAGGCACGGCGCCGGCAGCAGCAGCCGGCAACAGUGAACGCGCAGCUGGCAGUGGCCUCCCACCUGCUCCACCAAAUCGACCUCCCUCUUUCCCCCCUUCCCCCCCCUUCCCCCCCUCCCGUCUUUCCCCCCAACCCCUCAGCAGCUCUUCCCCGUCCCCCUGGCCGCCACUAGCGGCAACAGUCAACGCGCAGCUGGCAGUGGCCGCUCCCCCAGUCUCUCCCUGGCCGCCCCUAGCGGCAACAGUGAACGCGCAGCUGGCAGUGGCGUCCCACCUGCUGCACCAAACCGCCCUCCUGCGCUCCCGCCUCGCCCUCCCCCCUCUCCCCUCCCCUCCCCGCGCCCGCCGCCACGGCUCCCCCCGCGCCUCCCCCGGUUCCUCCCCCCACACGCGCCUUCCCCACCUUUUGGAUGCCCCGGAUGGGGAGGGAGUGGGUGCUAGGCGGGGAGGGGAGAGGGAGAAGCGGAAGGGCGGGUAUGGGGGGACGGGGGUGCGGGGGAAAACGGGAUCCGUGACAGCAGCAGCGAUUCUUGAGUCUCUGGAGGCUGGCGGGGGAGGGGGAGGGGGAGGAGGAUGGGGAGGAGGGGGAAGGGGCGUGUGGGGGGGGGAGGGGAGGCAGGGGGAAGGGGGCGGCAAGAGACGGGCGUCUGGGAGGAUAGGGCUGAGUGUAGGUGACCUGGAGGUGGGGGAAGAGGAGGAAGGGGACGGGGAGGAGAAUGGGGUGGGGGAGAGGAGGGGGAAGAGGGCAGAUGCAAAGGAGUGGGGGGUGGAGAGUGUUGGAGAGCGGUUGGGGAGAGGGGGAGGGAGGGAGUGGGAGGGGGUGGAGGAGGAGGAAAGGCGGAGGGAGGGUGGCAGGGGAGAGAGAGGUGCGAUGGGGACGCCUAGGCGCAGCAUGGGUGCCACGAGGAAGGCUCUCCCGCUGCAUCUCCUCUCGUCGCCCUCCCGCUCCUCCCCCACCCCCAAGCGCCCCCUCCCGGGGCUCUCCUCUUUGGGCUUACCUACCCCCCUCCCUUCAGGCCGUGCUGAAGCACUCGCACCAACAGCAGCAGCAACAGCAAGAGCAGAACCAGCACGUGCGGCUGCCACACGGUCACCGGCAGCACCCAGAAUGAAGAUGAGGCCGAAAGCCAGAGCCAACAGGGAUACAGAGACACACACACCAGCUGCACCUCCAUCCAAGCCCGUCUCCCCCGCCCCAUCUGCUUCUGCUUCUGCCUCUCUCUCCCCUCCCGCUCGCUCUCCCUCCCCACCUGCCCGCACCGCAUCCCCUGCCCCUGCCGGCACCUCCCGCUCCCGCUCCCCUUCCCCCACCCCCGCUGCUGUCUCCUCUCCUGCCCCCUUCCCAGCCGCCUCGGCUGCUGCAACAGCCCCUGCAGCCGGCAAGAAGCCGGCAGCAACAGCAGCAGGCAUGGCAGGGGGGGCAGGAGGGGCAAGUACUGCUGGUGCUGGCAGUGCUGCUCCUCUCUUCUCAACAACAGCCAAGCCCACCAUGUCCCCCAACCCCUUCCAGCUUCCCAAACAGGCCCUCAAGGCACCCACUGCCACUCCCCCUGCCACUGCUUCUACUGCUGCUGCCGCCACCAGUGCUGCCAGCACAGGCACAGCCACAGCAGCGUCAGGAACCUCUGCCUCAGCUGCUGCCGCUGCUGCUAAGCCGAGUGCGAAUGCUACAGCCAUGGCCCCAUCAGCAGGAUCCACUGCUGCUGCACCACCCUCCCCCACCCCGUCCUCUCCCCUCUCUGGCUUCUCCUCUGCUCUCCCUUCCUUCUCCUCCCCUUUCUCCUCCGGCGCUGCCCCUACCUCUCGCCCUCCGCUCUUCUCCACCACCACACCCCUCUUCUCCUCCAAGCCGCUCACCCCUCCUUCCACUGCUGCCCCUGCCGCGGUCACCCCCACCACCGCUGCUGCUGCUGCCCCUUUUAGUGCUGCCGCUUCUGCUGCUGCUCCAUCCACCACCUUUUCAUCCACUUCCUCCCCAGCAACCACCACACCAGCAGCCGUAGCUACAGCAGCAGCAGCAACAGCAGCCACAGCUUCUGCUGCUGCCCCAGCCGCUGCCUUCCCAUCCUUCACCUCUCCCUUCGCCACUCAGUCAUCUCCUUUCGCCCCUUCCUCCCCCGCCUCUGCGUUACCAACAGCCCCUCUGUCCAACUCCUCCCACUUCCAGCCCCCCAGGUCCCCCUCCCCUCAGCCCGCCCCCAUGGCAGCAGGGGGGGAAGGAGGGGACGAUGAGGGGAUGGAGGAGGAGCAAGGAGCGGCCACAGCACCACCCACCAGUGCUACAGGCGCAUUUGCCUCGCUGGGAUUUGGCUCCUCUGCUCCCCGCCCCUCCACCACCCCUGCCAAUCCCUUUGGAGGCUCUCCUUUCGGCGCCCCUGCCUUCGCCUCUCCCGCCUCUGCCUCUGCCUUCUCGCUGGCCUCCCAGCCUGCCUUUGGCGCCAGCAGCACCUCUCCUAAUCUCUUUGCACCGGCCUCAUUCGCACUCCCUGCCGCUUCAUCCUCCUCCCCUGCCUCCUCCUCCCCCUUCGGUGCUCCCUCUUCUCUCGGCACCCCUUCUCCAGCCGCCCCUCGCCCCUUCGGCUCUACUGCUGGGCCCUUUGCCUUCCCUGCCUCCCCCUCCUCCCCUUUCGGGGCUUCUGCUGCCCCUGCUGCUGCCCAAACCUCUCCCAGCUCAGGGACUGGCUUCGCUCUGGGCGCGUUCGGGCAGACGCGAAACAUUUCAGGUGCCCCUGCGUUUGGGGCUGCUGCCCAGUUAUCUGCGGCAGCGCCAGCUGUGUCUCCAUUCGCUGGGUUGACGCCAGGUAGCGGCUUUGCUGGUGCCGCCCAGGGAGGAGGGGGCUUCGGAGCGUUUUCCAACAAGCCUGCAGCGCUCGCCUCCCGCACUUUCAUGCCCGCCUCCCCUGCCUCUGCGGGGCCUCCUGAGCUCUUUGCUAUGCGCAAGUGA